AUGGCGAACGAACCAUCGAAGCCGAUAGCCAUAGUUGGUAGCAGCUGUCGAUUGCCAGGGGGCGUGUCGUCACCAUCCGAAUUUUGGGAGCUACUCUGCCAUCCUAGGGAUCUGUCACAAGAGAUACCCGGUGACCGAUUCGACGCCAAUGCAUUUUACAAUCCAAAUCCGGACCAUCAUGGCACCUCUAACGUUAAAUCUGCGUACUUCCUCCAACAGGAUCCGGCCCGUUUCGAUGCGUCGUUCUUCAAUAUCAAUCCGCGCGAGGCAGAAGCCAUUGACCCCCAACAACGCAUGCUUCUCGAACUAGUAUACGAGGCUAUGGAAUCUGCUGGAUACCCUCUAGAGUCUCUGCGUGGAACCAAAACAGGCGUCUUCGCUGGACUUAUGUCGACUGACUAUCACGACAUACAAGCGAGAGAUGUCAUGAGUCUGUCACAAUAUCAUGCAACCGGGACUGCCCGUAGUAUCCUCUCGAACCGGAUCUCCUACUUCUACGAUUUUCGGGGGCCCUCUAUCACGAUCGACACAGCAUGCUCCUCUAGUCUCGUCGCCGUACACCUUGCGGUCCGGGCUUUGCGCAACCGCGAGUGCAACGUUGCUGUCGUAGCUGGCGUUAAUCUGAUCUUAGGCCCCGAGAUGUUCAUGUCUACUUCGAAUCUUCACAUGCUUUCACCAGAUGGCAAGUGUCAAAUGUGGGACGCGAAAGCGAACGGUUAUGCUCGAGCUGAAGGAGGCGGAGUCCUUGUCCUGAGAACUUUGGAGGACGCAUUACAAAACCAGGUCCCGGGCACAAUACAAAGCAUCAUUCGCGAAACAGGUGUAUACUCAGAUGGAAGGACACCUGGGAUUACCAUGCCAUCUAGUGCUAGCCAAGUCGACCUUAUGCGUACGACUUUCGAGAGAGCGGGGUUAGAUCCAACCAAUCCAGAUGAACAGUGUCAGUACUUUGAAGCCCACGGAACUGGAACACAGGCUGGCGAUGCUGCCGAGUCCAAGGCGAUCUAUACCGUCUUUUGUGAACCGUCCGAGAGCAUCCGAACCCACUAUUCGCCCCAUGAUACUAAUCCAGCGGUGCCACCAAUACUUGUCGGCUCAGUGAAGCCUAUGCUUGGUCACUCUGAAGGAGCGGCUGGUAUCGUUGGGCUUCUCAAGACCUCGCUUUCUCUUCACCACGCCAUCAUACCACCCAACCCGCCCAUUCAGCACCUUAGUGACAAAGUGUCUCCGUACUCGAAUCGCCUCAAGAUACCCCAUCAGCUGCAAGAGUGGCCUCCGACAAAGACACGACGAGCUUGCGUUAAUAGUUUCGGCUUCGGCGGAACGAAUGCACAUGUGAUUGUCGAAUCAUAUGAUGACCGUUACGACGGCACGUCCAUGGCCAUCGAAGACGAAGUUAUUCUAGGCCCUUUCGUAUUCUCCGCCACCUCUCAGAGCUCCUUGCAGAAGAUGAUGUUGUCAUACCGACGAUAUCUGUCAACCUGUGCGCACAUUAACCUGGCUGAUUUGUCUUGGUCUUUGUUCCAACACCGGUCUAGUUUCCCAGUUCGAGCAGCGGUCUAUGCGCAAGAUGUCCCUGGACUUGUCGGAGCACUAGAGAGGGAGGUUCAUUCUGCACAAACGCUCAACCCAGUCUCGUCGGUCUCACCGUCAGCCCCGCGAAAGGGACUUCUCGGUGUUUUCACUGGACAGGGCGCGCAAUGGCCAUCGAUGGGACGUUCUCUUUUUUUCAAGUCGAGACGUUUCGCAUCUACCAUGCAUGAACUUGAUACCUACUUGCAGGAACUCGCAAGCCCGCCGUCAUGGUCUCUCGUGAAUGAGCUUUUAAAACCAGCUUGCGACUCUCGUGUUCAUAUCGCUGAGUUCUCCCAGCCGCUAUGCACUGCACUGCAGAUAGCACUCCUCGACGUCUUGUUUACAACAGGUGUUCACUUCGAUGCUGUAGUGGGGCACAGUAGCGGUGAGAUAGCCGCCUCCUAUGCUGCAGGGUGCAUCAAUGCUCGGGCUGCGAUCCAGAUUAGCUUUUUACGUGGCCGUGCUGUGUCGCGCAGGACAGACGGACAGGAAGCGUCAACUUCCAUGAUGGCUGUUGGUUGCAGUGCACUUGAAACCGAACAAAUUUGUAGAGAACCCGCAUUUUAUGGGAAGAUAUUCCUCGCCGCUAGCAAUGCUCCGUCGAGUAGCACAGUCUCAGGCACCUUGGAAGCUUUAGAGAGACUCGACACGCAACUCCACGAACGGGGCAAGACUGCAAGGAUGCUCAAGGUUGAUCAGGCAUACCAUUCGCCUUUCAUCGCACAUUGUUCGGAGGGAUAUCUUUGUGAUCUAGCAGACUGCAAGAUCGACUACCGCUCAUCUUCAACGUCCGUUUGGACAUCAAGCGUCCACGGCUAUCUGAUGGACGAAUGCGCCGACUCUGUGGACGAUGAAUACUGGAGCAACAACUUGAUCAAUCCUGUACUCUUCAAAGAAGCCAUAGAACACAUUUCAGGGUCACAUGGGCCGUUCUUGGCUGCCCUGGAAAUUGGCCCACAUCCUGCCCUUCGCACCCCAGUUGUAUCGACAAUUGAAGGGGUCACAGGCUCAAAAGUUCCCUACAUGGGAAUCUUGGAACGUGGUAUGGACGCGAAUGAAUCUCUUGAGAAGUGCCUUGGUAAGCUGUGGACGGAUCUCCCGUAUCUCGAUUUCAACGAAUUCUGGAGGGCAUGUCGGGGGAUUGACUACCCUACUCCACAGUUCCUGGCCAAUCUUCCACCGUACUCUUGGGACCAUGAUCAGACCUUCUGGAAAGAAUCUCGACUAUCAAAACAGUUCCGCUUCCGCACAUCUAAACCGCAUCCCCUUCUAGGUGUACAAACUACGUGCAUCGACGAUCAGUUCUAA